AUGUGGGUUUUAACGCAUCUAUUGAUCUUCAUGCUGAACUAUCUUAGCUUUGCUGAGGACUCCUGUCCAGAGAUAAAAGUUGUUGGAGUUGGAGACUCAGACAAGUUGACCAUUCUCAGAGGUUGUCCUGGUCUUCCAGGCCCAGCUGGACACAAAGGAGAGCCUGGACUACAGGGGCAGAAAGGACAAGUCGGAGAGCCAGGCAUAGCCGGUCUACCUGGGCAGAAAGUUGCUAGAAAUUGCAAAGAUCUUCAGAUUUAUGGAGAAGUGCUGAGUGACUGGUACACAAUAUACCCGGAUGGCACACAGCCGCUGAAAGUCCUGUGUGAUAUGCAUACAGAUGGAGGUGGAUGGAUAGUGUUCCAACGUCGUUGGGAUGGAUCAGUGAGUUUCUUUCGGGACUGGCAGGCUUACAAGGAAGGGUUUGGCAGUCGCCUGAAUGAGUUCUGGCUGGGGAAUGACAAUCUCCAUAAAAUAACAUCUUCAGGCACUUGGGAGCUUCGUGUUGACCUGCAGGAUUUUCAGAACACAAAACAACAUGCAAUGUACAUGUCUUUCAAAGUUUUGGCAGAGGAUGAAAAGUACAAGUUGGUGCUGGGAGCCUUCAUACAUGGUAAUGCAGGUGACUCUAUGAAGAACCAUGAUGGUCAAAUGUUCAGUACUAAGGAUCAAGAUAAUGAUCAAUAUGCUGGUCACUGUGCUGAGAAGUUUAAGGGAGCCUGGUGGUACUACGAUUGCCACGACUCAAACCUAAAUGGGCAUUAUUACCUUGGAGCACAUGGUUCUCAUUCAGAUGGCAUCAACUGGGAUUCUGGGAGAGGCCACCUAUAUUCCUACAAGUCUUCUGAGAUGAAGAUUAGGCCUGUGUAA